GGUAUUCGUGACAGUUACAAAGCACCUUUUCAGCAGUAGGUAUGUCAUAAUGUUCCAUACCCUCAACAUGAUGGUGGCUGCAUUGAGUAAAGCACACACCAUGUUUGGAUAGAGAAACUGAUAACACUAUUGAGUCUACAGGCACAAUGGGCCAUUUUUAGCUUCCAUGAAAAAGCACAACGCAAACCUGUUCUGUAGUGUCUACCCGGGCUGUCACUGUGAUCACUUCCUGGGGUGUUACAUGUUUUCCUGCAUCUCCCUGAAGGUUGUUUCUGUAUUUAUGGACUGAUUAUUGGAAGUAAAGUAUGUUUAUGGACGGUAUAUUUCCCGACACGGUGGCAUCAAUCCGCCGUCUGAAUGAGAUAAAAACAUCACUGAUCAUUAUGACGUUAUUUGCUGGUGUGCAUCCGUGUGUGGGGACGACAGGUCCUGAAUCAACCACAGACACUGCAUCGUUUUCCACUGAAGGACAAAAUACAGGUCCAUCCACGACUGAUGACACAGAUAUAAUGCCAACGAACCCAAUAGUGUCCACAAAAAUUGGUUUCAUCUCUAUUGUUGCUGGAUCGGCGGGUGGUGUGGUGAUUGUGGUUGUCAUCGUCAUCGUUGUGUUAUUGUGCAAACAAUCCAGACGGGAGGGGAAAUGGCAGACAAAUGACAAGACAGAGAAAGACAACGGCAAAGAAGGGGGACAGAAUGAGGAUUCUGAGAGAGAGACGAUCGUGAUGGAGGAUAAUGAUUUGUAUCACGGAUUUGUCAGAGCUGAGAACCAGGAGUCAGCAGAGGAACAGCAGAUUUCAGAUGUGUAUGCAAAGGUCAACAAGGUAAGGAAAACCCACAAUGCAACAGAAGUACAGAUCACUCUGGGUAUUGAAGACAUUUAUGCAAAACCCAACAAACCAGCAAGCAGAAAAAGUGAAGCAUCCAAGGUUUCAUCCAACCAGAACGCGGAUGUCAACACCCCCGACUGAUCGAGACUGAGACCGGAUCAACAGUAGAGGUCGUUGACGACUUCCACUGUCGCGUGCAUGGAGUUCUUCAUGUUUUAUGAUGCAUCGUCGUUAUUACAGCUUCAACGCCUACGAGAAAUAUGCAGAUAAUCACACAGCUUGAUCAGAUGUAUUUUGUAUUUGUUUGUUUAUAACACCGUACCACGCAAUAUUCUAGCUAUAUAACGGAUGCCUGUAAGUAAUCUGGACCAGAUACUCCAGUGAUUGAUAUUAUGAGCAACUUUCCACCAAGUGGUACUGUGACACGCUACCGACUCAGUCACCACUCCUGACCACCAUUUGAUUUGAUAGGCUCCAACGACCAGCAUAUGCUGCUGAGGACCUAUUGUUCCACGGAAUCCUCACGGGAACGUCUGUUUGAUGAUAGAAAGUACAACAGGAACAGCAGGACGUGGUUAUAAUAAACACUGAUGCAGUAUACCAAGGUUUAUACGGGACUGUUUCAAUAUAAGUUAAAGCCAAUUAACCACUUUUGCAUAUCACUCGAUGUAGUGGCACGUGCAUAACAGACUGACCAGACUCACCAUAAGCGGAGAACAAAAAAUGCCAUACAUUGUCACAAUGUUUUUUCUUACAAAGUAGAGAUAUUUUAUGGACAACAACAGAUUGGUACCCAUAACCGGAGAAUAAAAAACUACCGUGCAUUGUCGCAAUGAUUUUCUUAGAUUGUCAAAGUGUUUCUGCU